UGCGCAGCCCUCCGCGGGACAGCUCCAUGGUGCUGGCGGUGCCUCCAGGGCCAUGCCUACUGCUGCCGCUGCGGGGACCCUUUCGGCCAUGGGGGCCUCUGCCCUCCGCUGGAGCCUGCUCCUGACCUCCCUGGCCUUCCUAAGGGGCUGCUGCGGACAGAGUUUCGGCCAGACGCGCUUCAUCUGCACCUCUGUGCCGGUGGACAUGGACAUGUGCACCUCUUCUAUGCAGAGCGGGGCAGGAGGGGGCCCCGGAGGAGAGGACCUGAAGAGCACCGUCCUCCAGCUGCGGGAGACGGUCCUCCAGCAGAAGGAGACCAUUAUGAACCAGAAGGAGACCAUCCGGGAGCUGACCACCAAACUGGGCCGCUGCGAGAGCCAGAGCCUCGUGGAAGGGGCAGGCGGCGAAGGCGGCCGGAGGAAGCAGCCCGGGGCCUCCGGCAAGAACACCAUGGGAGACCUCUCCCGCACCCCCGCCGCAGAGACCCUCAGCCAGCUGGGCCAGACCCUCCAGUCUCUCAAGACCCGCCUGGAAAACCUGGAGCAAUUCAGCCGGAUGAAUUCCUCCAGCCAAACCAAUUCCCUGAAGGAUAUCCUCCAGAACAACAUCGACGAUUUAGAGAAGCAAGUCCUCUCUCGGAUUAACAGCCUGGAGGAAGGGAAGUACAACCCCAAGAACGAGUCGGAGGAAAGAGGGAAGAUCGAGAGCACCUUGACUUCCCUGCACCAAAGGAUCAGUGACUUAGAGAAAGGCCAGAAAGAUAAUAGGCCAACAGACAAGUUUCAGCUGACUUUCCCCUUGCGAACCAACUACAUGUACGCCAAGGUGAAGAAAAGCCUUCCUGAGAUGUACGCCUUUACUAUCUGCAUGUGGAUAAAAUCGAACGCUUCCCCUGGUGUCGGUACACCCUUCUCUUAUGCAGUACCUGGGCAAGCCAAUGAGUUAGUCCUUAUUGAGUGGGGCAACAAUCCCAUGGAGAUCCUUAUUAAUGACAAGGUAGCAAAGCUUCCUUUUGUUAUUAAUGAUGGAAAAUGGCACCACAUCUGCAUCACAUGGACAACCCGUGAUGGUGUCUGGGAGGCUUACCAGGAUGGCACACAACGGGGCAAUGGGGAAAACCUGGCCCCAUAUCAUCCCAUCAAGCCACAAGGGGUCCUUGUUCUGGGUCAGGAACAGGAUACCCUUGGAGGUGGGUUUGACGCCACCCAAGCAUUUGUGGGAGAACUGGCCCAUUUCAACAUCUGGGACCGAAAGCUCACCCCAGGGGAGAUCUACAACCUUGCCACCUGCAGCACCAAAGCCCUCUCUGGUAGUGUCAUAGCCUGGUCUGAGACCAACAUUGAUAUUUAUGGUGGAGCCACCAAAUGGACAUUUGAAGCCUGUCGUCAGAUCAACUAAAAGUGCUGUUUCUCCCCUUUCCCGUUUCAGAUUCAUUUCACCCUUGGUUAACAGACAUUCUCCCCCAUUCAGGAAUGAAUUAUGGACAAAUAUAUUUUCUUUUUGCUGACUUUCUUCCUUUAAAAAAACCUAUUAUUUCUCCUAAAGAAUCAAUCACUUUUUAAUUAAUUAAUUUUUUUUGGUCUAGGAGACUUGAGUCAAGUCUUCUCUAAGGCAACUGGGAACCUUGUACCCUGGCAAGUAGGGGAGGGGAGUUCACUGUUUUUCUCCCCUCCCUUUUUGUUCUUAUUUCCCCCCAUUUGGAUCAAGACUUUUUUCCCUUUCCUUUUUGCUUUCCAAAGUCUCAUUAUAAAUGGUCUAAUUUUUCUGGCUUGCCAACUUCAUUUUGAAGCCUGAGUGCCUUUGGGCUGGUGCAACUCUUUCAGCACAUUUCUCUUCAUUUGCAUAUACUUUCUAAAAGGAUUGCUACUCUACUCAAAAUCUUUAAAGCAGCCAUUCACCUGUGGGCAGAUCUUUUAUUUUCCUUUUGUAUUAAAAAUUAUUCUCUGAGCGAUAGGAGGAUAAAAAUGCUUUUGAAUGACACAUGAAGGUGGCUUGACUAGAUUUGGGGUGUGUAGGGGGAACAGGACUGUUCUUUUAAACUCUUCAGGUUCCCCUCGUGGUCCCCCACUAACUGGCCAUGGCCAGAGCACAACAGAGCCAUCUUUGCCCCCUAAGGGUAUACGUGAGACUCAGGAGCAUUGCCAGGCCUAGGAUACUAGACGGCUUGUCUAGAUCCUGGCUUAUUAUAUGUAGGAGCCUCCCUCUCCUAUCUCUUUUAAAGGAGCUGCAAAACAGCUCCCUUUCCUAUUCUGCCUUCAUUUUGCUGUACAGCCUAGAGGAUCUGCCUCUGUUAGCCAUCACAAAGCCUAGUCAUAGUCCAGAUAGCCCUUCUGCCCAAGAUGUUUAAUCACUGUUUCUCCCAAAACUCUGUGGCCCACAGAUGGCAGAGAAUCCCCCUCUUUCCCCUCAUUUCUUGCUCAUUCCCCAGCAGGCUGUGACUUGCCUUCCCUUCCAGAAGUCCUUACACCCUGGGCCUCUGGCAGAAUACUUGGCUGGGAGGUGGGGUUAUUUUCUUAUUGCUGUAUGAAACAUUCCCAUCCCCUUUACCAGUGCUCCUUUACUCUAAGAGCCAUAAACCUGAAGGGCUGGGGGGGGGAGGGGGGCGUGGGUAGUGGCCGUGGGCUGCAAAGCAUGCCGUUGCAGUCCGAUUCCCAUGGCCAUAACUGCUGAGCUGAGACUUUUGCCUUUGAAAUACCAAUUGGGUUCACUGCCGGGGGCAGGAUGUAUAGAGCAAUACGCCUUGCCUGUCCCCCCCUGUGUUUAUUGGGCCCAAUGGGAUGUGAGGUAUCCUUUGCGUUCAUAAAGGUUAAGAGGUCUUCCUUCACAAAAGGAAGAAGGGAACUGUUUUGAGAGAGAGGUUUUAAGCAAACUUGCAAAGAAACUGGACAAAAGGCAAAUCCUGGUCUCAUCCCCAAAGCCUUGGGGGUGGGGAGAAUAAGGAAGAAACAGGGCCUCUCAGUACAUCUCUUUGCUCAAGUGUCGGAAAAAAGCCUGCCCUAGAUUUUAUUUUAAAAAAACAGCAACAUCACAAGGAAUGACUAAUGGGUUGUAUGAGUAUGGGGGGCCUUCCCAAACCCAUCAAGGCUGACAGCAUGCAUUUCUUAUUUUAAUCAAGACACAAUUGUUUUUAUCUGGAAAGGCACCAGCCAUUUUAGGAGACCGAGAAAAUGGUAACUUUUGGCCUUUCUUAUUGGGAUUGUGCUUUGGUUGAACAAGAGUGCAUCUUCUUCCCCCUGGAGUGGGAAAGGGUUGCAAAGUGGUGUGUUGUUUCAGUGAAGCAUAAUGAUUCUGUCCCAGUUUGUGGUACCCUUAGAUAUCCUGCAGGCUUACAGGGGAGGCAAAGGGUGGCCUGUUGUUUCUUGCAUGUUCCAGUAGGUGCCUCAGCCGUGUUUUACCUGGUCUAAUGCUUGUCUGCUUGCAUGGGCUACUGCAGAGCUGUGGGGGUUUGCUGAGUGAUAGUUCAUGCUUUAAAAACAAAUGUCAUCCAAGCACAUUCGUAGAGGUCAGGUGUGGCUGGAGAAAGGUGGCUAAUGAUGCAGCGUUCUUCCCCAUGAUAAAUAGCACUACACCUUUUGGGGGUAUUUUUUUAAAGCAACAGUUCUGGUGACCAUUAAAUCAGUGAGAAUUGUUCCCUUCAGUUUUGCCCAAUCUUGUAAAUCCUGGGGCAGUGGAGCUCUCAGUUAAGUACUUGAACUGUCCCAGAGGAGAGCAGCUGUUCUUUGAGCACCUCUACCAUGCAAUAUAUACACUGUGCUGGUGGAUCAGACUUACCGAUGCUUACCAAAGUGGAAAGUGCUUGGAGUUGCCCCUUUGAUGCCACUGGGGAUGGUCUCUUCCAUGCUGGGCUUACUGGGAGUUGCAAUUUCAGCAUCAAGGUAGCUUUCGUGAGCAUGGACUAAAUAUCUGAUCCACCCCAAAACAAGCCUACUGCUUAAUACGAUUGAUGUUCCCUUUUGCACUGAAUAAUACAUGCCUCUCUCAGGUAAUGUCCUUUUAUAUUUAAAAACAAACAAACAAACAAAUAGGGAUAAAAAAACACAAUGUGAGCACUACACAAGCUGUGUGUGUGUUUGCCUAAAUACUAUCUGACAGUUCCCCAAGACCUCCCUUUAAGGAAAGUAUUCACUGACUGUUUUCACAAGUAUAGUUCCACUGAGGACUCAAUGAGGUUACAUAACUUUAGGCCAAGGAUGGGGGACAGGUAGUCCUCCACAUGUUGAUGGAUUACAGCUCCCAUCAUACAUAAGCAGCAUAGCCAAUGGUGAGGGAUGAUGGGGAGGCACAGUCCAGCAACAUCUGGAAGGCCAGAUGUUUCCCUUUCCCUUUCUGUGGUUUAGGCAGUGAAUCAAUCUCUGCCACUUGAUCCUAAGCAUAUAAGUUUCAAAGUAACUUUCCACGGAACUUACCUACAGUGUUUAGAACUGCAGCGUCAGUGUAAUAUUAGUUAAAUGGCAUUUACUCUCCCUUGGAAGUUUAGCUACAGUUUGAAACAUCAAGCAUUCCUGUUUUUGUAAACACACACACACACACACACACACACACACUUUAUCUUAUUGUAAAAGAAAGGUAUUUUUAUUAGAAAAGAAUAUAUAGAAAAUGAACGGGUAUUCCCUGAAAAAUACUUUUAAGAUUAAGGAUAAAAGGAUGAUAAACUUAUUUUGAAAUAUAUAAUGUUUUAUAUGGUUUCAUUUUUAAAAGAAUUCCUGGUUUGUACUAAUAGAUUUGCAGCCAUCAGCCCUUUGUAUUACCUCACCCUCUCUGAUCCUGGCCAAGGGCUUUUUCCUGGCUAAAAGGGAGGAAAAAAUGUGGGGAGGGAUGAAGGACAAAUUUGUGAGGCUUAACUGAGCCAUUUUGUCCAAUUCUAAAGCCGUGGCAAAUGAAUACUGUAUGUAAGACGAAUGAAUAGUGGUGUAAUAAGCAGUUCAAGGUUGAUAACUGUUGCACUAAUGGAAGGCUGCUGUUUGUUAGAUAUUGAAGUGGGCCAUGUGACCACCCAUACAAAAACACAACGCUAGAGAGCUAGGGGAAAAAACCUAUCUGAAUAUAAUCAACAUAAACCCAUCCUAGAUACCUUGCUUUUAAACCUUGGCUCACGGCAGCACAUUUUAAGUAGUGCUCUUCAAAACCAAUCGCCCACAAAAUUGUACCUUGAAAGAUCGAUCUGCAAAUGAUCCUUAUUGGAAACCUCCUUGAAAAUAAUGAUGAAUGUUAAGUAUAAUCUGAUGAAGGGGAAAAAGCAUGUAAAGGUAAAUAAAUCCAGUCCAAAUUGCAUGUGAUUUGCCAAAAAUUGAAAAAAAGGGUGAUAGUGAUAUAAUUGUAUAUACUGUACAGUGUGAAAGAGGAUAAAUGUUUCUUGAGUUAUCGUUCUGUUAACCAAAGCUGUAUAUUUUUCCUAUUUCUUGCUAUCAAUCUUUACUGGGUUUUGAAUGAGUUGUUGCUCUAUCUUACAUCCACAAUCCACAUCAGCGGUUCUUAAAAUGCACUGUUUCUACUGGUUUGUCAUGCUUUUUUUCCUCCAUUUUAUUGCUGAAACUACAUGGAUUGUUGAGUUUAUUUUUACACAAUAAAGAGUGAUGAAAGACA